AUGGCACAGCCACCGACAACCGUCACAAUCACGCCAGCAGAGCGCAUCCGCGAGCUCUCCGAGAUCAACAAAGAUGUCGCAACACUGCUCACUUCAGCCGGACAAGCCGUUCAUGCACUCACAGACCGGCCACUGAACUUGCACGCCUCAUUCGACGAUGACACGCCAAUGCCCGAUACCUCCAGCGACAGUCUCGAAGCGCGGCGCGAGAAAUUUAAGGAGGUCUCGACGUCUUUCUUCGAGACGUUGCAAGGCGUGACUGCGAGGCUGCGCAGACAAGUGUAUGCUUUGGAAGAAGCCGGCAUCAUCACGCCCGAUCCGCUCACUGCGCAAGAGCAGCCUAAAGCAGCGGCGGCAUCAACGGCGCCAGCCCAGAGCAAUCAACGAGGCGUCGUGCAGCUGCCUAAAGAGCAGCAGCUGGACCCAGACAGAAUCAAGAAUGGUGGACUGGGUGACUUGGAUAUUGGGUGGCUGAACAGCCGCAGCAAUAAAGUGGGAGCUGAGAAAGAGGCAGAGCUUAUACAGGAAGCGAAAGAGCUGCUUCAAGAUGUGCUU